AUGAUUCAAAGAGGAUUGGCUAGGGCAAUGUCAUUACAGGUAGCUUUUGAGACAAAGAUUUUGAAAGUUGAUCCAGGUUCAAUCCAAUUUGCGGCAGAUGCACAUCUUAAUGGUUCUCUGCCGACUUUCGCCGAUGAUGAAAGUAAACGAGUCAUCCAGGAGGCUAGUAAAAUAUUAAGAGACUCUGAUAAUAUUGUUGCAUUUCCUACUGAAACAGUUUACGGCUUGGGAGGCUCCUCCUUAAACGAUAACUCCAUUUUAAAUAUUUACAAGGCGAAAAAUAGACCAAGUGAUAAUCCUUUAAUCACUCACGUAUCCUCAAUUGAUCAAUUAAACAGAAAAAUAUAUGGUGAAAAUAAUUUGGGAAAAGAUUCACUAUUAAAAAAUGUGCCUGAAAUUUACCAUUCUUUGAUUGACCAACUUUGGCCAGGCCCGUUGACUAUCCUAUUGCCGGUACCUAAUGCAAGCAGGAAUACACUCUCAAAAUUAACCACAGCUAGCCAAUCCACUUUUGCCGUUAGAAUACCAUCUAACCCAAUCGCCAGAGCUCUGAUUGCUUUAAGCGACACACCUAUCGCUGCACCAUCAGCUAAUGCAUCCACAAGGCCGUCUCCUACAUUGGCCAGCCAUGUCUAUCAUGACUUGAAGGGAAAGAUCCCAUUGAUACUGGAUGGUGGUCCAUGCUCUGUAGGUGUUGAAAGCACAGUCGUAGACGGGCUAUGCAGACCACCGAUGUUACUACGACCUGGUGGAUUUACCUAUGAACAGAUUGUAAAACUGGGCGGAGAUCUUUGGUUCGAUUGCAAAGUUGAAAGAAGAAAGACUUUAGAGAGUGGUGAAAAGGUAAGAACGCCAGGUAUGAAAUAUAAGCAUUAUGCUCCAUCAGCAAAAGUUAUACUAUUAGUGCCAGGCAACAUUGGCAAUGAACGGGAAAAAAUUAGAAAACUGAUCAGUGUUAUCGACGAACAAUGUUUAGUAUCGCAUGGUAGCAUUAAAAAAGUUUCAAUCUUGACUACCUUACAACUGGCAAAUGUUUCAUCUAGUGAACUGAAAUCGGCAUUAAAUGUUGACCUUACCGUACAAAGUCUAGGUCUAACGGGAGAAGAAAUACAGGCAAACUUGUUUGCUGCUCUCAGAAAAGCUGAUGAAGAUGACUUUGCUGAUUUAAUUGUGAUUGAGGGCGUUGCUGAGAAGGAUGAAGGCUUAGCAGUAAUGAAUAGACUUAUUAAAGCCGCCGGUAAUGAAUAUAAAUCUUUUUAG